UACAGUCAGCGUGAUCUCUGUUGAGCAGAGAGUGCUGCGGGAGAGACGCUUCUUCAACCUUUUUAUGGACCAAAAUGGGGGAGUUAUGCAAACUUCUAGCCAUCGUUUUGGUUUUGAUGGCAGUGUUACAUUAUACAUCAGGAGGAAAGAAAGGCACUGUAAGCAAGACUGUUCCCAAGAAGCCACCCGAAAAAACAUCACAAGGGACCAAGACCCAACCUAACUAUCCCAGACAACCCUCCAAUCCUGGUGCAGGAAGUAACCCAGGCUACCCUAACCAGCAGUAUCCUGGGAGAGGUGGAUCUAGUCCAUCAGGGUAUCCCAACCAGAAUCCUGGGGCAGGCAGCUAUCCAGCUGGAGGCAGCUAUCCGUAUCCUGGAAGAGGUGGCUCCAGCCCUGGAGGGUAUCCCAACCAAAAUCCUGGAGCAGGUUCUUAUCCAUCUGGAGGCAGCUAUCCCUCAGCUGGUGGAAAUCCCAAUCAGUAUCCUGGGAGAGGUGGCUACAACCCUGGAGGGUAUCCCAACCAGAAUCCUGGAGCAGGUUCUUAUCCAGCAGGAGGCAGCUAUCCUUCUGCUGGUGGAAAUCCCAAUCAGUAUCCUGGAAGAGGUGGCACCCGCCCCGCAGGGUAUCCCAACCAAAAUCCUGGAGCAGGUUCUUAUCCAGCAGGAGGCAGCUAUCCUUCUGCUGGUGAAAAUCCCAAUCAGUAUCCUGGGAGAGGUGGCUCCAACCCUGGAGGGUAUCCCAACCAGAAUCCUGGAGCAGGUUCUUAUCCAGCAGGAGGCAGCUAUCCUUCAGCUGGUGGAAAUCCCAAUCAGUAUCCUGGAAGAGGCGGCUCCAGCCCCGCAGGGAAUCCCAACCAGAAUCCUGGAGCAGGUACCUAUGCAGGUGGUGGCUACCCCAAUCAGUAUCCUGGGGGAGGGGGUUACUCUAACCAGAACCCUGGUAGAAGUGGAUACAGCCCUGGUGGGUAUCCAGGAGCUGGAUCUUACCCAGUGAGAAAUGCAGGGCAGCCUGGAGUUUACCCAGGAGCACACCCUUCUGCUGGAGGAGGAUAUCCCAACUGGAACCCCAACAAUCAGAUUCUCAGUCCACGAUAUGGAGGCCCAUUUGGAGGUGGUGGGUUUGGGACGGGUGGCUCCCCUUUCUCACAAUCAGUGAAAAACAUGGGCUACAACCCUUCUGCAAAAUCCAAAGGCUUCGGGAAAAAGGCAGUGGUGGCUGCAGGAGUUGGUGCAAUGGCAGGAAUGGCUAUAGGCUAUGGAAUAGGAAACUUUCAACGCCCCAACUUCCAGUUCAGAAGCCCACAGGAGGAACGCUACUACAACAACCAUAUGUACCAACGUCAGGACACACGUUUUAAAGAUGGAGGUAACAAGAAAAAACCCAGUCACACCGCAGGAACCGACAACACAUCAAAGCUACCAGCUCAAGCUCAGUCAUACGACAAUUUCAUGAAGACAUGCAUGAAGCGAAAUAAUCUUUUAAGAGACCAAGACUCAAAAGAAUCUGCAGGUAACAGCAAUAUUCAAAGAGAGGAACCAAUGAGUGAUUUUCCAGGUUUGAAUGAAGAAUCCUCACAGAAAGGUGGGCCAGAGAAGAAUGACACCACAUCUAAUACAACAACCCGUGAUUAUCCAAAGGCUGCUGAGAUUCAUAAGAAUGAGGAUGAGGAAACAGUGAGCAUCAUGCAGAUCGGCUAUCCGGCGCUUAUUGAGCAGAUGAAAUCUCGAAAGUGUGUUGAGCUGUACAUUGUUUACUCAGAGAGUCAGAGAGAUGAUAGAAUGGAAAAAAGAGAAGGGAAAAUUCCCAGAAGUUCCAAUAACCAUAAUGGACACAGCAUCUCCGAAGUGCUUCUGUUGCUCACUGCUUCCACUAUGCUUUUUAGUACCACUUAAUGGAACUAUAAUAAUAAACAUAUAAUGUAUUAAGUAAUGGAAUUGCAUUUCCUUUCCACUCUAUAGGAAUCCAAAUAACAGCACUUAUAUUGCCAUUUGCAUUUUUAUGAAUGAAUUUUGUUAUGAUAAAUCAUCAUCUUACAAUAAUAUUGUUACUUCUACAACUGUAUAAUAAAAAUGUAAAUACCUUAAUACAAUUUUUAUGUGUUCACUUCGUUUAUGCAUUUAUAUUUUCAAGGAUAAUAUUUAAUCACAUUUUUGCCUUAUACAUGAAUAAAUAAAAUACUAAAAGAUUCGUUUAUUUUGAUUACUUAUCAGUUACUUUCAUUCAUACCUUUCGGCAAAAUCUCUGCAGUUCGUUUGCACAGGUACAGUACAUAUAAACAAGAGAACAAAUAUGUUUUCAAUGUUUAUUCAUUUUCUUUUCUUCUCUUGUCGCCACAGUGGAAUGAACCUCCAACUUAUCCAGCAUAUGUUUUACACAACAGAUGCCCUUUCAGCCAC